AUGUCUUCUGCUGGUAAAUGGGAAGUUGUUAAAUCUGGUAAACAUAAAAAUGCUUCUAAUCAACCUGGUUUCGGUAAACCAGGCAAAAAUCAAAAGAAGAAGGGAAUAGAAAACAUGCCUAAAAUUGACCAGAAUCAGGUAAAUCUAACUGUAUUUAAUAUUCAGGAGAAUAUUAAAGAUAAGAGUAUCAUUAGCAACUAUUCAGUCCUAAGGCACCUGCUGAUUGGUUGUUAUUUUACCAAAAAUGAGAAAGAAACUCUGAAUUCUGAUGAUUUCCUUUCACUGCUUGAGACUGUCCAGACCAACUUUCCUAACACCCCAUCUGUCUGGUUGAAAGAUCUGGCUUCCUACAUAAAUGAGAAAAUGAAUGUGGAUAUUUCUGAUCCAGUUUUUACUGGAAAGCCUUUCACUUACCCACUUUCAUUGCUACCAGGAGAUAUUCGAAAAAUAUUGAAUGAGACUUUGAAUAGAUGCACUCCUGAAACAUUGCAAUUGUUUACCGACUUUUGCUUACAUACAAUGGUUCAAGACAUCACCAAAGGACAUCCAACAUGUGGUUAUAGACUAUUUUUACAGUGUGUAGCCCAUGAAAAACCAGAAAUAAUCCUAAAAAACUUAAACAAGUGUAGUGAUUUUAGGAAGUCGUACCAAAAUCGUCAACCUGUGUGUCUGUCUGUUCUAUGGGCUGCUGGACAAGCUGGUGCAAAGGAUCUGAAAGCUGGAUUGAAAGUUUGGCUUGAGUUAAUGCUUCCUAUGGUUGGGAUGAGAGCAUAUUCAAAGUUCACUAUUGACUACUUGGAUAACUUGUUGAAUAUGCAUCCAAAGGUUAAAUGUGCUAGUGAUGUUCUAGGAGUUCGGGAGUUUUUCUCUGUUUUUGAUUUUCUCUUCACUUCUACGGGCCUACAUGAUAAUUUGCAUAAGAAACUGCAGUCUUUAUAUCCAAAGUUAAAGGCACUAAGCUAUGGAACUAGUCCAGAAAGUAAUUACAGAAGUUUCUUUCCUUCUUACUUACGAAGGCUACAAAACUCUUGUUCACCAGCUUUGACGAAAGAGCUCCUGUCAAGUCUGGAGACAUGUUUGAUCCAGGACACGAUAUGUUACAGUGUUUGGAGACAACUUUACACAAAGCAUCUUGUACAGUCCAGCAUUCUGAUGAAGCACCUUGUUGAUGAAUGGGAUAAGCUUCCAUCUAGCUUUCCACGGAGUUUGUUGAAGGAGACUCUGAGUACAUUCCGAGUUACAAAUGAAGAACUUUCCUCCCAAGGAAAGACCAAUCAGGAAGGAUUUACUGCCUGUGUUAGCAACUGUAAUGAACUUUUUGCAAAAAUGACUGCACGAAGUUUCCCAUGGAGAAGGCUGUUAAUGUUUUUCAUGUUUGUUGUGAGUGCUGCACUUGCCUAUGACAUUCAUGUGCAUGGCUCUUUCCAGAAAUCUCAGACUGGGAAGUUUUUAAAGGACAUUGGUGUGCUGGCCGUUUGCCAACAAGCAUGGGGGAGGAUAACAGUGUAUUCUAAUAAGGCAUAUAGAUGGGCUGAAAAUCAUGUACCUGUCUACUAUAGAAAAGUGUCUACUUUCUUUGGUUAUUACCUAGAAAUAUUUUGGACUAAUUUCUUUGCCCUGUGUAUGUAUGUAUGGAACAGUACCCAGGGUCUACGAGACUGGAUAAAUGUGAAGAUCCCACCUUUACUUGAAUGGCUGAACAGUAAGCUCCCCAAGUUCACAGAAAAAGUGGUAGCUGUAGCAUUAGAUUCUUGGUUGGUGAUUCAGAAAUAUUUGGUUUGGCUUGGAAGCCAUUUGGUGUAUUACCUCACAAUCAUCGGGUCAUGGUUGCAAGAAAAUGUGUUUACCGGAAAUCUUUCUGUAGAAAAUCUUCAGAAGUAUGCUGUUGACACCGGAGCUACCGUACAGAAGUACGUGGUUUUGGUGUACCAAUGGUCAGCUCAGCAAGUUUCAGGUUUAGUGUCUUCUGGCAAAUGAUGCAAAAUCUGCAGCAUUUUUGCAGCUCAGAAACUAAUUACAUUCUUUUGAGAAAAUAAAUUUAGUGAUUCAUGUGGUUUGUUGAAUGUGACCCGACAUUUAAACAAGUUUUCUUCUCUCCCACCCCACACAUUUGUGAUGAUGUUGAGAAUAUUUAUUCCUAAUCUUGGUAAGCUAUUUGGAGAUUUAAUGUGAAAAACAAAAAAAAGAGGAGGAUCAAGCAUUUCGUAAUUCUGUCACUAUCAUGUGUAUGUAAAUUUUUUUAAAAAAGCAAGCAUGUUUUGGAAUUUUAUAUUGAUAUUCUUAAAUGUCUGUGUCAUAUUCUAAUAAAGAAGCUGAAUCAUGUA